AUGAGGAACGCCUCAGCAGUGACUGAGUUUAUUUUGCUGGGCAUCCCGCACACAGAGGACCUGGAGACCAUGCUCUUUGUUCUGUUUCUGUCCUUCUACAUCUUCACCCUGGGGAACCUGCUCAUCCUACUGGCAAUUGUCUCCUCCACUCGGCUGCACACUCCCAUGUACUUCUUCCUAUGUAAACUGUCUGUGUGUGACAUAUUUUUUCCCUCUGUGAGUUCCCCCAAGAUGCUCUUCUACCUUGCAGGGAACAGCAGAGCCAUCUCCUACUCAGGCUGCGUGUCCCAGCUCUUUUUCUACCACUUCCUGGGUUGUACCGAGUGUUUCCUGUACACGGUAAUGGCCUAUGAUCACUUUGUUGCCAUAUGUUACCCUCUGCACUACACAAUAAUCAUGAGUCACAGAGUGUGUGCCAUCCUGGCCAUGGGCACCUCAUUUUUUGGGUGCAUUCAGGCCAUCUUUCUAACUACACUCACCUUCCAAUUGCCCUACUGUGGCCCCAGUGAGGUGGACUAUUACUUCUGCGAUAUCCCAGUGAUGCUAAAGCUGGCUUGUGCGGACACCUCGGCCCUAGAGAUGGUGGGAUUAAUCAGUGUGGGUCUCAUGCCCCUCAGUUGCUUCCUUCUCAUCCUCAUCUCCUACAGCUUCAUCGUUUACUCCAUUCUUCAAAUUCGAUCGACUGAAGGCCAACGGCGUGCCUUCUCCACCUGCAGCGCCCACCUCACUGCCAUCCUCCUCUCCUUUAUGCCAGUGGUUCUCAUCUACCUGCAGCCCACCCCUAACCCCUGGCUUAAUGCAACUGUUCAGGUCCUGAAUAACCUUGUCACCCCCAUGCUUAACCCCUUGAUCUACAGCUUGAGAAAUAAGGAAGUGAAAUAUUCUCUGAGGAAGGUGCUAGAGGAGAUGGCCCUCAUUCAUGAGAAGUGA